UAAUGUGUCUAUUACUCCACCAGAGUCAACCGGCGACCCCAACAACAUGACUCGCCUGGCAGAAGAAGCCCGCCAGCUAGCUGCUCGGCACAAGCAAGAAGCAGAUGACAUUGUUCGUGUGGCUAAAGAAGCAAACGACACGUCGACACAAGCAUAUAAGCUGCUCUUGGAUACACUGGCAGGGGAGAAUCAGACCAUGAAUGACAUCGGUGACCUUAAUAGGAAGUAUAACCAGGCAAAAGACAUUUCCCGAGAUCUAGAAAAGCAGGCAAACAAAGUCCAUGCAGAUGCUGAGGAGGCUGGGAAUAAGGCCCUGCAGAUCUAUGCCAACCUCACCAGUCUGCCAUCUAUAGACUCUGAGGAGCUAGAGAAUGAGGCGAAUAAGAUCAAGAAGGAAGCCAGAGAAUUGGAUCAGCUCAUUAACAGGAAGCUGAAGGAUUAUGAGGACCUAAGAGAAGACAUGAAAGGGAAAGAGCUGGAAGUACAGAACCUUUUGCAGAAGGGCAAGACUGAACAGCAGACUGCUGAUCAGCUCUUGGCUCGAGCAGAUGCUGCCAAGGCUCUGGCUGAAGAAUCCGCCAAGAAGGGGAGCAACACACUCCAGGAGGCCAAUGACAUUCUCAGCAACUUGAAAGCAUUUGAAUUUAUUUUUUUAAUUCCCCAGGCUUCAGAGGCAGCUCAGGAAGCAGAAGCCAAUGCAAGGAAAGCAAAGACCUCUGUUAGCAGCUUGCUGAGCAUGAUUAAUGACCUCCUUGAGAAGCUGGGGCGUGUGGAACCUGUGGACUUGAGCAAACUGAAUGAGAUUGAGGAUACUUUGAACACUGCCAAAAACCAGAUGAGGGACAAUGAUUUGGACCGGAAAGUCUCUGAUCUGGAGAAGGCAGCUGAAAAGCAAGCCAGUGCCAUCAGUGAAUAUGACAGGGACAUUAACACCAUUAGGAAAGACAUUAGCAAUUUAGAGGACAUCAAGAAGACCUUACCAACUGGCUGUUUCAACACCCCAUCCAUUGAAAAACCCUAAGGAUGUGCUAAAGGCAGGGGGGGGCGUUACCUCAAUGACUGGUGGAGCAGUUCUUUUGGCUGUGGAGUGCCUUAAUUCCUAGGUUACCUUCUUCAGGACCCCCACCUCAUCUCCCACAUAGCUAUCAGUCCUUUCUUUCCCAAUUCAAGGGAGAAAAUUGCAAGUUUCUGAAUGAACGCAAAUUGAAUAUCCAGCCUUUGGGCAUCAGAAGGGUUUAAAGAUAUGAAAUGUAUACACUUCCUUGCUCAAAACACUCCUUUUUCUCCUCUUCUCCCAGAAAAGACUCCCCUUUGAUUUGCAUAAUGAUGUGAAAUAUUAUGGACUG